AUGGUAUGCCAUCUUCUCUUGAGGCAGCUGAUAGAUGAUGCAGAUGGUGACGAAGUCUUCGGAAGACAGUUCGCACCGAAGAAGAGUACCUACAAAAGAAAUGCAAAUAUUAGUCACGUUUUUGGGAAAGCAUGCCACCUACCAGUGGAGCUUGAGCACAGAGCGUACUGGGCAUUGAAGCAGUUAGACAUAGACCUUGAAAAGACUGGAGAAACAAGAGUAUUACAGCUACAUGAGUUGGAGGAAUUCAGAAGAGAGUCAUAUGAGAAUGCAUCCAUCUACAAGGAAAGGACAAAGCAGUGGCACGACAAGAACAUCAAGCAACGAAUUUUCCGAGUGGCGGAUCAAGUGCUAUUAUACAAUUACCGGCUUAAGCUUUGUCCAGGAAAAUUGAAGUCUAGAUGGUCCGGUCCUUUUAGGGUUUCUUAG